GUCAAUAAAUAUACAGGUAGUUUUAAAAAGUUUCAGACGAUAUUACAAAGCAAAAGAUACUGAACGAAACAUUUAUGUAAUAUUGGAUACAAUAUACAGUUCAUUUAGUUCAUAAGAUUAAUAUCUUUAAAGGCUAUACAGACAUGAAUCUUUAUAAGCAAGAACGAGAGUCAUUAACAUCAGUAAAUAUAACUGAACAUGAAGUCAGCAGACGAGUAUGUUGUCUGGCCAAUAAAAUUAGAAAAUUUGUCAAGAAGAAUCUUAUGCUCAUCCUAACCUUUGCAGGCAUUGUUUUGGGAUUUUCUAUUGGAUUUGCUGUAAGAACAGCACAGCCAUCGAAAGACACCUUGAUAUGGAUAGGAAUGCCAGGAGAAUUGUUUUUACGCACUCUAAAGUUGUUGAUCCUGCCUUUGAUUGUAUGCAGUGUAAUCUCAGGAAGUGCUGCAUUAGAUCCAAAGUCAAACGGCAAAAUCAGUGCAGUUUCAUUCCUCUUCAUUGUCAUAACUAACAUAUUAGCUUGUGUAGUUGGUGUAACAUUGUGUAUCAUUUUCAAACCAGGGGAUGGCGUUCUUAUGUCUAAAGACACUAAAGAGACAGCUAUUGUUGAAACACAAGACAUAUUUAUUGAUUUACUCAGGAAUUUAUUCCCAGACAACAUGAUAAAAGCCACAUUUUCUCAAUCUCAGACUGAAAAUAAAGUAAAUUUUCUAAAUAUUGAACGAAACACGACCAAUGGGACUAUUUCUGAAGUUGUACAAACUAUAAGUAAAAGUAUGAAGGAUUCAGGAGGCACAAAUGUGCUUGGUUUGAUAACUGUUUGUACUCUUGUUGGUAUUGCAUCAAGUAGACUUAAAGACAGAGUUAAAGUCUUUAUUCAGUUCUUCCAGGCUGGAGUAGAUAUCAUAUUGCUGAUUUUAAAGUGGAUACUAUGGACAACACCAGUAGGAGUUGCUAGUUUAAUAGCGGUAUCCAUGGCAGGAAUAACAGAUAUUUCAACUGUAUUUGCACAGCUAGGCAUGUUUGUCUUAACUGUGACAACAGGAAUUGCCAUACAUCAACUUGUUUUUAUGCCACUAGUUUUGUUUAUUCUCACUCGUAGAAAUCCAUAUUCAUAUCUAAUUACGUUGGUUAAACCUUGGAUGAUAGGACUAGCCACUACGAGCACUGCAGUAGCAAUUCCAGAAAUGCUAAAUGCAUGUGAAGAGAAAAAUAAAAUAGACAAACGUGUGAGUCGGUUUGUUAUUCCAUUUUGUGUGACAUUGAAUGCCGAUGGCAGUGCAUUGUUUAUAUCAGCAGCCGCUGUAUUUCUUGCAACCAUUACUGGAAUGUCAUUGUCAGCAGCAGAUUAUAUCAUUAUAUGCAUGUUAACUGGUUUUGCAACCUUAGCUUUGCCGUCCAUUCCAAGUUCUAGUAUUGUGACUCUAGUGAUGGUUCUUACGUCCCUGAAUAUACCUGCUGGUCAAAUUUCUCUGUUGUUUGCUGUUGAAUGGUAUUUGGACAGAAUCAGAACAACAAGUAAUAUCGUCAGUCAUACAUUUUGUACUGCAGUGACUUAUCAUUUUUGUAAAAAUGAUUUAAAUACAUUGGACAGUAUUCCAUGUGAUGAUAUGGAACUCGUUAUAGAUAACCCGGAUAUUCAACAGGACGCGUCUGAAAGGACAACUGGAAAUUUAUAAAGCACACGUAUUGAGAUCAGUGGCGUGUGUGGAGAACCAAAUAUCUCAAAUGUCAACAAAUCAUCGAACUCAAUAUUCAAAUGAAGCAUCUAGAUUUGGUCACAGUUGACCAUGUUUUAGUUCAGUCUUUCGAAGUCACAAUCUUGGAAGUAUUCCUAUGUUCCAGACUUGUCAUCAAAGAUUAAGAAUUUUCAUGUUCUGGUAACCAUAAGCUUGAUAGUGCAGAAGUACUUUCCAUAAAGUCAAUGGAUAGUUGUAGGUUAAAGCAAACUGUUCAUACAUCCUUGUAUAUAUUUUUAAUGUCGGGCAUUACAUAGAUAUAUAUUGUUGAAGAACCACUUAUAUGGAAACAUAUUUUGGCAUAUGUGUACCAAUAUCGAAUACAAAAUACUUAGUUCAUAGUGAGCGGUUUAGCUUGCUAUAAAAUCAGGUUCAACCCGUCGUUUUCUACAUAAGGAAAUGCCUGUGUCCUUAUUUUGCCAAUUGAUAAGGGACUUUCCGUUUUGAAUUUUCCUUGGCGUACGGUAUUUUGUUAUUUUAGCUUUUAAAGGAAUAAUAUUUACUUGAAAAGCUCGAAAAUCUGCAAAUAUAAAGAUUGAAUUAUGUUUUUUUAUAAUUUAUUCGAAACAAAAUCAAGGGACGAUUACAAUUUUAACAUUCAAUUAAAGAGAAAACAGUCGUUCUGCUAUAUUAAAAUUGUUUAUAAUUUUAUAGUAGUUUAUAUCCUAAAUGCUGACCUUAUUUGGAUUUAUUUAUUGUACUGAGAUUUUAUGUUAUUAGAAACGAAAAUGACACUUUAUGAAUUUUAUGCGUCCGUAGUAGAUAGUAUUUCUAUAAUAAUUAUAAUGUUUAUUAUUUUAGUGUAUUUUACACGCUAAAUGUUGACCAUUACCUAGCAUUUAUUUCACUAUAUGAAGAUUUUAUGUGAUAAGCAAAUAUUUCUGCUAUCAUGAUAAAAUUUAUUAUUUUAGUACAGUUUACACUUUUACGAUGAUCCUAAACUUGUGCUGAACUUAUAUUAUUUAUAUUUUAUGUUAUUGCUCAACUUUACAUUAACGUUAUCUUUGAAGUA